AUUUCAUCGGAUCGCCUUCAUAACCUUAGAUUGUUUUCGCUCGAGCAUUCGCGUCAGAGUACGGAAGAUUCUUUUCCACGGGGGAAAAAUGGCUUUGAACAUGGAGGAUGUGCUGAAACAACUCGGAUGGACCGACGGGUUCCAGAUGCCCAUCGCCAACUCCGAGAACAAGCUGCUCGAAGAGGAGCUCGCCCGGCUGAGCCUGCUGAGGCACAAGAACCGCACCAACUUGGACAACGUGUCCACCAGAUUGGAAAACAUGAACGACCAUUUGAAGUACGUUAACCAGGAGAGCGAGCAAACGCAGAAACUCAUCACCGCUCACAAAGUGCAGCUGGAAUCGCUGGAAACCGUUUAUUCCGACACGAAAACGGACAAUCGGAACGCCGCGCACGCUUUCAAAGUCUCCACGCACAGCCUAAAAGAGGCCCAGGUUAUACACAAAGAAAGGGAGAACGAGCUGCAGAAGUUGAUCACGAAGGCCGAAAAGCUGCGAGUCGAGAUGGGCUGGGACGAGGAGGCGCUCAGAGCGUGGAACGAAUCCCUAAAGAAGCGCGACGACGACAUCGGGUUGCUGAAGAAGUUCUUCAAAGACGACGACCGCAGGUUCAACGAGAUGGAAGCGCGGCGGAAGCACCUCAAGGGCUGCUUGGUCAGCGUUAAAGAAAAAAUGGAAAAAAUCGCCUCGAACUACCACAACGCUGAACAGAUGGUGGAGAGAUCCGGUAAGGUGCUGAAGCAGCUGGGCAUCGAACGGGACUCGCUGAUCAACCAAUGGAAGAACACGGUGCGGGUGCUGCAGCAGCGCGACAACGAGAUAAUGCGCGGCCGAAAGCACCUGGUGCACCUCAACGACGUGCUGGCUGUCGCCGAAGAGAAGCUCGACAUCGAGAAGAAGUUUUUGGCCAACGAGAAAAAGAACAACAAGGAAUUGGAGCAGGAAAUUCUGGAGGCCAACGAGGUCAACACCAGGUACAGGAAGGAAAUGGCCGAUACCUAUCAGUAUUUGAUGACCACCCAAGCCGGGCUUCAAACGCUGAAACGAAACAUGUCCAAAGUGGCGGUCGAUUUGAAAAACGAGCGAUUAAAGUACAAAACGUUGGAAGAACAAUACGACGAGAAGGUGAACUUCUGCCAAGAAUUCUCCGAUAAUUUGGUGAAACUGAACGAAGAACUGGAAAUGAUCAGAAACUCGGCGAUGACCUCCGAGCAAAGGACGAAGAGCAUGGAAAAUAUGAUUAUUCAAGAAGAAGCCGCCUACAAUCAAAAACUGCUGGACAUCGAGAAAAUCAACGGGGAGAUUUUCCGAUCCGAGCAGCUGCUUAAAGACCAAGUGGCGAUCGCCAGCAACCUGGAAAUCGAAAUAAAUCUCUCCGUUUGCACCUCGAACCAGUUGCGGAAACACAUCAACAGCAAGCGCAAAGAUCUGGAUAAAAUCAAAGUGGUCGUUUACGAAAUGGAAUACAGAAUAGACGAAUGCGAACGCAAACUCCUGGAAAUGGCCGAAGCCCAAAAGCAAGAAGUACCAGAAGAGAUACAAAUAAAGAUCCAAGAUUUGGAAAAAUCUUUAACCGAGCAUAAAGAGGUCCACCACAGCUUGCAGUGCCAGGUAGACAGAUUGCGCGAAGACAUGCGCAGGCUUUCGGUUGUUAUAACAGCCGACAAAGAAGUCCUGGAAUCCCUACGCGACAAAUGCGAGAAUUCCCAGCUCAUAUACGACAUCAGCAAGAAGCAAAUCGCCAGCGCCCAGAAAUCCAUGCAGGAGAAACAGGUGGAAGAAAAUAUGAUGAAGCUGCGCAUCAACUACAUCGAGAUAAACAAGAAGAAGGAGGAGAAGCAGAUAUACAAUUUGGAGAAAAUGAGGCUCAAUCUCGAACAGGCGAUGAAGGAGCGCCAGCUGGAGAUCAACUCACAGAAGCAGAUUCUGCUGAUAAAGAAGCGCAGCCUGGACGAGGACAAGAGCCGACUGAAGGGCGAUCUGACGUUGAGGAGGCUGCGCGUGGAGCAGUACCAGAAGAAGUACGACAUGGCGAUAUCGGGCUUGGGCAAGGACGAGAACGGCGAGCCGCUCACGCUGGCCGCCAUCAAGAUCAAAAACGCGCAGGAGAAGUUCUUUCUGCAGGAGGAGGGCGAUUCGCUGGACAACAAAAUCAAGACGGCCGAGAAGGAAAUCGUGGCGCUGGAGAACACGUUGAAAGUGAUCAAUUUGACGAACACCGCUUUCAAGAAAAACCUCAAGCCGGUCACCGAUACCGAGCCUGAAUACGAGGAAAUGCACGCGCUUGAGAAGGAACUGAGGGAAACUUUCGAGGAGUUGAAGGAUUACCGAAACGAGGUUACUUCUAAAGAAAGCCAACUUCAAGAGACACUACAAAAAUUAAAAAAUGUCGAAGAGGAGCUGCACAAAAACAAGGAGGAAGUCCAGAAUAUGGAGGAGGAAAUCAUCAUAGUGACAAAGCAAGAACAGGAUAAAGAACAGAAACUGAAACGGGUGGAAUGCGAAUUGAAGAAAUUGUCCAAGCAACUUAAAGGCAAAAACAAGAAAGUUUUGUACAAAUACAACAGAGAUUUUGAGAUUCGCCAAUUGCAAGACAUAAACAAGAAGGCUUUGUACCAACUGCAAGAAAUAGGCACCAAUUCUCCCUCUUUGAUGACGGCGAUCACGCAGCUGUUAGACGAGAACCACUUGGAGCUGCCCGAAGGCAAGAUAACGCCCAGCACCUAUUCGGCCAUGUCGACUCCCUCCUGUUAUUCGGACCAGAUCAACACCCAGCGAACGACCAUUUCGAGCGUUUCGGAAAAAUCGGAGAGGCUGGUUUCCAUGGCGAAAGUCAUGUUGGAGAUGUGAAUAGAUUGAAAGGUUGAUUGUGUUUUUUAUAUGUCGAAAUAUACUUUUUUUACUAUUGAAACCGUUUAUUAAGUUUUAAUUUUUAUACUUCUGGAUACGGUCGCUUUGAUACCGGAUAUUUCUCCGCUGUACCUCGAUAGUUCUUUUCUAGGUUCGCGUACCUUAAAAAAAAAGUGAUUGAUUAGAGAGGUGAGAGGAUUUUAAUGUACGAGUACACUUACAGCACCCUUGCGGCGAAUGAGGGCUUUUCUGUACUUGAGCCUAUGUUUAACCCUAGGAUUUCUUUGUUCCUUCUUCCUGUGAGGUGUAAGACCUUUGUUUUUGGCCAUUUCGUAGGUAAUUGCGCGUUUUGAAGGUUCGCCUUCUACACUAUCCUGAACGAUUUCUUCGUUUUGAACCAAAUCUUCCUCGCCCUCCGAAGAAUCAGAUUGUUUAAUUUCCGUUAACGUUUUCUUCGACUUAUCGGUUGCAGGUAUUUCAUCUUCGAAUUUAACCUUCUUCACUCUUUCGGGUUGCAAAUUAUCAUCCUUUUUCCUCUUUAGCGAAACUUCGUUUUGAUUUUGAAGUUUCGUCAGAAGUUUCAACGUUUUCUUCUUGCUCUUAACUUUAACAUUC